UGUGCACUUGCAGUUUGCACAGCAGUGGCUGCAUUGCUGCAUAGUGGAUGGGAGAUCUGAUGUUUGUUUAUUUUAACCUCUAAUUAUUUCUAUACUGGAGAAAUAACAGAAUAGAGAAACUUUGUGAUUAAAAUAAAGAAAUUUUUUAAUUGAAAAGAAAGUGAUUUAAAAAAGAAAGAGACUCCAGCAAAAUGUCGUCUGAAAUAGAGACAAGCUUGCUGGUAAUCGUUCUGGACGUCAAUCCGAUGCAGCGGAUAGUGAAGCAAGAAACAAGGAUACUGUCGCAAUGUUUAGAUUCUACAAUCGUCUUUGCCAAUGCACAUCUUAUGCAGUCAUCCAAUAAUGAACUGGCGAUAAUGGCAUGCCACGGCCACAGUGCCAAGUUCCUCUAUCCCUGUGAAAAUGCAGUAGAAAUAAGGCAGAUGGAUGGACAGUAUGAAAAGUUUACCAUGGUGGAGCGCACAGUGCGCCAGCAAUUGCAGCAGGUCGUCAGUGAGAUCUCCAUGGAUGUCCCAUACAUGGAAAGUCUCAUCUCCGGCGCGCUCAGUAUGGCGUUGUGCUAUAUCGCUCGUUUGGAGCGAGAUAAGGUCGCCGGCCAGAAGCUGCAUCCCAGAAUAUUGGUGAUCACUGCCAGCAAUGACUCCGCCAUGCAGUACAUGAACUACAUGAACAUAUUUUUCACCGCACAGAGAAUGAAUGUUAUUUUGGAUGUAUGCAGCCUGGAUCAGGAGCUGACGCUUUUGCAGCAGGGCUGCGACAUAAGCGGCGGCAAUUAUCUGAAAAUACCACAGCUUGCUGGAUUGCUGCAGUAUUUACUGUGGGUGUUUCUGCCGGAUCCCAGCGUUAGGUCAAAAUUAGUUCUUCCUCCGCCAGUGAAGGUGGAUUACAGGGCAGCGUGC